CGUGUUUGGGUCAAACAUGACGUUGAACUUGGGCAUGGAUUUCAAGAUUUCCUAUGAACAAGUCUGUAGAUCCAUGGGGAUUUCUAAGGGUGGUUGUCCAUCUCAGAGUGUCAAUGAUUUCCCAAAAUAAAAAGAUCCUUAAUAUGUUUAUAAUGCAUAUACCAUCUGUCUUUUCUUCAUCAACAUAUCGGCAAUUGGACGGGGCUCAUGCAACCACUAUAGUCAGUGCUAAACUGCUAAUGGCACCUCAGUGACUGGUAAAACAGUGAUGUUUGUUUAUGUGAGUCUGUGUGCAUGGAUAAUUGGUCUGCUGAUGGCUGGGUGGUCUGGGAUUAUGAGAUUUUCUUGCUAUGAUGAAAAUGGUCACUUUGUCGCUGACCCAAUUGAUGAGGAUUGGGUCAACACAUACUGUAAUGUGGCGGGGCAGGCAUGCCAACGAGCAUCUCUGCAGCCAUUGCGUGUCGGAACUCAGAACAAUCAUCCCCAGCACUCAAAUGAAUUGAUGAUGUCAAAGGGCAUGCGCUAUGCCAACCAACCCUUUCGUGGAUUGGAAGACGUACUUCAGGAUUGGGUCAACACAUACUGUAAUGUGGCGGGGCAGGCAUGCCAACGAGCAUCUCUGCAGCCAUUGCGUGUCGGAACUCAGAACAAUCAUCCCCAGCACUCAAAUGAAU